CCUCCGCUACGAGCCGCCACCUUCCUUAAUCGAGAUUAUAUGACAAAAUUAUGAGGGUUUUUUACUUUUUUGUACAAAUAAUCAGUGUUAAAAUAAUCAAAAUGUGAUCUUGCCGAUUUCCAUACGGAACCGUCACUUUUAAAUAAUACAACUUGUAUCUUCAAGUAACUUCAAUGAAAUAUAAUCGAACAUCGAUUCGCCGUUCGAGUAUCGCUUACCCUACCCUACCGUAAACGUAAACAAACAUAACCUACAAGUUGAGUGGUAGUACGUUUCGUUGUGUGUAUCUUCAAUCGCGUGUGCAAAAAUGUCUUUGAAGAGGAAAUUAACGCAAGAUGAUUUGCGUAAGGCGAUGAACGAACAUAAGAAAAAACUCGGUACAGUUAAAAAGAUUGAAUCGCCAUUAGCAAAGUAUACAGAUUCAGGUCAGCUUAUGUGCAUUUUAUGCAAAUCGAUUGUACGCAAUGAAACUGUAUGGCCUGUUCACUUAAAUUCCAAAAUACACAAGGAAAAUAUUGCAUUAGCAAAAAUGACCAAAUUGGAGCCAGAGAGUUCUGUAAAGGCAUCUUCUAAUGCCACAACCUUCAAAAGACCUCCUUCUCCAUCUCUAAAUACCUCUGUAAAUAAAAAAAUAAAAGGAAUAUUAAAAAACAAUAGUCAGCCAGUGGCGCAAGCUAAGUCAAGCUUGCCGGCAGACUUUUUUGAUAAUAAUACGAAACAAGUCAAUGGUGAACUCUCUUCUGCCAUACAAAAAUCAGAAAACAAAGAUUCUACAGCCAACAUCACAGAUGUACAAAGUAUAGAAAUAGAGGAAGAAAAAGAAAAAGAGAAAGAGAAAGUAAAGGAUAUGAAUGUAUCUGUUCUUCCUGAAGGAUUUUUUGACGAUCCAAUAAUGGAUGCUAAAGUCCGUAAUGUUGAAUAUAAAGAUCCCAUAGAGGAAGAAUGGGAGAAAUUCCAAAAAGCGAUUAAGGAAGAGACUGCACAAUCUGCGCAAAUUAUUGCAGAUGACCAAGAGGAAGCAACAACAGAGAGACAAUUGGACGAAAUUGAGGAGCAAAUAAGGCACUGGUCUAGGGUAAUGGAUCUUGUAAAACGCAAAGAACAAGUGCAAGCUACCGACAGAAAGCAAGAAAAUGUCGAUGAAAACAUGUCAAGUGGCGACGAAACAGAGUUCGACGAGUUCCUCGACUGGCGGGCUAAAAAUUCUUAUAAAUAAAAUUCUCUCUGUAUAUUCAUGCAAUAACUUUGUAAAUAUUACAUCUUUGUUCUCAUAUAUAUAUAUAUAUAUA